AAGUGUAUUUUUACAGGAGCAGAGCCACAAAUCGUAUCGGCCUCUGUGUGUCCUCACGUUUCGAUGGAACUAUCUGCUCCACCAGCUCGAGCCCAUGGGGUACCAUCUCGUCAACUUGAUACUGCACGCUGUGGUCUGCCUCAUGUACUUCAGGAUGUGCUCGAUGUUUUUGCCAGAGAUAUCGAGCUUCGUGUCAGCCAUGUUGUUUGCCGUCCACCCCAUCCAUACCGAGGCGGUCACUGGAGUGGUGGGACGGGCCGAGACUCUCUCAUCGGUCUUCUUUUUGGCCGCCUUCAUUUUGUACGCGAAGUCUACCAAGAGGAAACGGUUUACGGGGUGGCGUUGGCUGGUGUUCUCCAUGUUGGCUGUGGCCACUGCGAUGCUCUGCAAGGAGCAGGGUAUCACCAUCACGGGUAUAUGUGCCGUGUACGAGCUGUUUGUGGCACAGAAGAUGCGACUGAGUGAUGUACAGCAUUUCUUGCGAUGUGUGGUGAGCGGCAAGGUCUCUUGGCAGCACACCUGGUGUUCAGAUGCCACCAAGAGGCUGUGUGUGCUGACAUUGUCUACUCUGACCUUGCUGCUAGUCCGACUGCAGAUCAUGGGUUCGAAACUACCCGUCUUUACAAGGUUUGACAAUCCAGCAUCUGUGGCAGCGACACCGACACGCCAGCUGACCUACAACUACCUAGUGAGUGUGAACCUGUGGUUGCUGUUGCUGCCUUGUGAUCUCUGCUGUGACUGGACGAUGGGCACUAUUCCUAUGGUGGAGUCUUUGCUGGAUCGUCGCAACCUCUCUACUCUGGCAGCGUACAUCGCGUUGGCAACACUGGCCUAUGUGGCACUCACCACAGCCAAUCGCCAACAGGCAGUGGUCAUUGCAAUGAGUCUGGCAUUUCUUGCUUUGCCGUUCUUACCUGCGUCAAACCUGUUCUUCCCUGUUGGCUUCGUGGUGGCAGAGCGCGUCUUGUACAUGCCCUCCAUGGGGUUCUGCAUGCUUGUGGCUUACGGCUGGCAGAUACUGGCUGAGAAGAAGAACAGGAAGGUGGCAUGGGCAGGGCUGUGUUUGCUGUUGCUAGCUCAUGGCACCAAAACCAUAAGUCGCAACUGGGAUUGGACGUCUGAGUACAGCAUCUUCAUGGCAGGACUGCGGGUAAACCAACGCAAUGCGAAGCUGUUCAACAAUGUUGGCCAUGCUCUUGAGGGCCAGGGUCGCUUCAAUGAGGCUCUCCAGUAUUUCCACAAGGCUGUCAGUGUACAACAGGAUGAUAUCGGAGCACACAUUAAUGUCGGGAGAACUUACAACCAUUUGAAAAUGUUCAAAGAAGCUGAAGACGCCUAUUUGAAAGCCAAAUCGCUGCUGCCAAAAGCAAAGCCCGGCGAAUCGUAUCAAGCACGGAUCGCACCCAACCACCUCAACGUGUUCCUGAACCUGGCAAACCUUAUAGCGAAGAACGAGACACGGCUGGAGGAGGCAGACCUGCUCUACCGACAGGCCAUCAGUAUGCGUGCCGACUAUACCCAGGCGUACAUCAACCGUGGGGAUGUGCUACUCAAACUGAACCGCACCAAGGAGGCACAGGAAGUUUAUGAAAGGGCACUUUUCUACGAUAGCAACAAUCCUGACAUCUACUAUAAUCUGGGAGUGGUGUUCCUAGAGCAAGGUAAAGCAUCACAAGCCCUGGCGUACCUCGACAAGGCACUGGAGUUUGAUCCAGAACAUGAACAAGCAUUGCUGAACUCGGCUAUACUCCUGCAGGAGCUUGGACGAGCUGAACUGAGGAAAGUGGCCAGAGAGCGAUUGCUCAAACUUUUACACAAGGAUGCAACUAAUGAGAGAGUUCACUUCAAUCUGGGAAUGCUGGCCAUGGAUGAUCGGGAUACCGCAGGUGCCGAGCACUGGUUCCGGCGUGCUGUCCAGCUCAAGGAUGACUUUCGCUCUGCUCUGUUCAACCUGGCGCUACUGUUAGCAGAUGACCAUAGGCCUCUGGAGGCUGCCCCCUUCCUCAAUCAGCUGGUCCGUUUUCAUCCUGACCAUGUCAAGGGGCUGAUACUUCUGGGUGACAUUUACAUCAACAAUAUCAAGGACCUGGAUGCUGCUGAGAAUUGCUACAAGAGGAUACUGGAACUAGAGCCUGACAACAUCCAAGGUCUACACAACCUGUGUGUAGUGUAUGUGGAGCGGGGUAACUUGUUGCGAGCUGAGGCCUGUCUGAAGCAGGCUCAUAGACUGGCUCCCUCCGAGGACUAUGUACUCAGACAUCUCAAGAUUGUACAGAGUAGGGUGGCAAAGCUGCGUAUGGAUGAUCCCUCCGCUUCCGAGAGCCAGUUCAUAGAAGAACAAGAGCACCUACCCUCACCCCCUGCUGAUCCCAUAGCCCCCCACGCAGAGACUGUGUACUCCAGGCCGGCAGGGGUCCAGAGCCCCACCCCCUCCCUGUCUUAGCGGUUAACUCUGCUCACCCUCCACAACAAGUGAUAAACUACUGUCUAACACUCACCCCAAACUGUCUCAAGGCCUACGUGUAUAUACUGAUAUUCUUUGUACAAUUUUAAUGUUAUGCCUCGUUCUGUUGAUGCUUUUCUCAAACAAUAUUGUACAAAUAACAUGUGAUUCACAGUUAUUCUUAUAAUUAAACGACUAACAGGUUUUACAGUAGCUCGGGUGUUUAUAGGUGUAUAUUUUAGGUUUAUUUCUCUGCAUCAGAAACACAUAUUAAUCUUAAUCAUGUACCCGUUGAAAAAUCUUUUAAUUAAAUAACAUCUUCCAGACAAAAGUAUGAAGGCCCAUUUUAAACACACAAAUUUUGUCAUUUAUAAUGCAAUCACCAGGUUUUUUUUAGUAUGUGUAGGAAACGCUAAUUAUACACAGAUAAUUUGUAUAUUUCAAAGCUAAUUAUUUUGCAUCCGUGUUUGCUAUAAAUAUUAAAAUCAUAUUUAUUUUAUUUUAAUAUUGUAUCCUAUUAUUUAUAUUUCUUGUAGAUUAAAUCAACUUGUGCCUUUCUAAUCAAACAAUAGUUAAUUUUUUACUUCUGAAUUUAUUAAAUAAAAUGUAACUUUUACAUGAUCUUAGUUCUCAAAUACAAACUUAUUAUGAAGAAUUAAUAUGAUUUGACCGCAUUAAAUCACACAGUUUUGGGUGAGUGAUUUUUCAUAUGUAGUGUUUUAGAUGUUUUCUACGUAAUGUAUAUAAUGUGAUGUGUUUGGUAAAAUGGUUGCUGUUGUGGCUAUAUUUUAUUUAGUAUAUCAUUCAAUAAUACUUCUUUUUUAUGUCCUAUAUUUUAUAUGUCUUAUUUAAUUUUUAUAUUAUGCAAUAUCUUAUGAUCAAUUUAUUGUAAUUCUUGUAUUAUUUAAUAAGGUUUUUUAAAGUGAUAGUUUAUAAAACAUGUUACUCUGUGAUAAGAUAUUUUAAUGUAUUUUUUUAUAAAUUGAUAUUUUAUGUUUAUUAUAAAUUAUUUUGUUGAUUUAUUUUUCAAGCUUUUCUUUACUUAGUUAAUUUUUAUUUGUAACUAAAGUACUCAUGCUUUUUAUGAUAAAAUGAUUAUGUGUUUCCUUUAAUUGUACUGUAAAAGAUAAUAUUGAGAUUGUAUUUAUUGUUCUAGUACAACAGGAUAUUCAAAUAAUAUAAAUCUAAUGUAAAUUAAUCAGUUGAUUUCUCAUGGAAGUUUAAAGUAUAAGAGGUAAAAGGCAGCACACAUUUUUUUAAUGCGACAAAUUAUUGUUAAAACUGAAGUAAGUGACAAUAACAAUGUUCAACAAAAACUUUAUGUACCAAAUUAGUAGUUAUUAUCAUUGCUGUUCUUGAAAUAAUUUAAUUAUUUUAAUUUUUUGUGAAUAAAGGCCUAAUUCAGAGUACUUGUCGUAAAAUUUGUAUGUGGUCAAUUAAUUGAAGUUAAUUCUUCCUUUGUUCCUUUGUUUAUGUACUUUAAACACAGAGCCAAUUAUAGUGCCGGACUAAUUGGAAGACUUACCAUUAAAUGGUACAAAUGUGAUCUUGAAGUCACUUUCAUUGUUAAUCCGAACCCUGCUUUUAACAUUCCAUUCUAUAACUACUCUCAGUAUUUUAUGUACUUUUAUGAGGAACUGAAAUCCUAAUUUUUUUAUUCCAGCAGGUGAUUUCUAUAAAUCGAUAAACAGUUUGUAUAAUAUUUAUAGAUACAGGUGCCUUGUACAUUCCAUUUCUAAGUACAGACAAGAUUUAUAUGUGUGUGCAAACACUUAGAGAUAUUUUUCUAUGUUGUUGUAUAUAAGUGUUAGUUAGUUGUGAAUGUAUAGACAUAGAUGGCAUAGUGUUUUAUAAGUUUCAAUGUUGUGCCUCGGCAUAGAUGUUUCGUUGUAGUUAGACUGUAUUCAGUACAUAAUAUUUUUAACGCAGAGUAUAGACGUUUAAUUGAAAAGUUGAGAUCUUUUAAGGCUGGUUAAUGAAAGAGGUUUAUAUUUAUAAAUAUAUUUACUCUAGACAAGAUUAGUGUGAUGCUUUUUAAAGGCUUUUUUAAAAAUGGUUUAUUUUCUUUUAUUAUUAAAAUAGUUUUAUACCAAAAUACUCUAACAAUAAUAUAAUAUUAGUUUUCAAUGUAUUAAAGAAUGUAUAGUUAUUCUCUAUUUUCUUUUCUCAAUGCACUCACAGGUAAUGUUUAUCGAACUACAAGAUUUUUUUUAUGACAAACUUGAAAAUUACUUUUAUUUGUGAGUCAAUCAUAAGUUUGACAAUCGACUAUUCACAAAUUUUGGUUUAGAUUUAAGUAAGAACAGAGAAAUAUAAUUGUAAGAUUAGUUGUAUCGUUUGCAAUAUUUUGUAUUUUUUGUGAGUCUUUUUAUUUAUGAAUAUAAUAGUAGCAAAAUUGUAAUGCAAGGCAAAAUGUAAAAUGUUUAUAAUACAAAGCCAGACUGAUAUUAUUUCCAUAAAGAAGUAGAAUGUUCUAUAAUAAAAACUUUGAAAUGCAGUAAAAAGCUUACAGUCAGCUAAUGACAAUCCUUCCAUUAAAGACAAUGUUAGAACUGUUCAUUGUACAUUAAAUAAACUGUCGUACACAACUGG